AUGAACGUUAUGAUUACGAGUUCCAUUAUUAGGGUUCCUCUUCUUCCCCCUUUAUCAUUUCCGAGAACUUUGUUGAAAUUGAAAUGCCGCAGCAAGAACUCAGACGAGAACGAUUUCAAAGACGCACUUUCCGGCAUGAUGAGCGACCAAGUUGAACAACUCUUGAGCAGACAAGAGAAUAAGGGUUUGAUGGAUAAUUUACAGAAAGCUUCACAGAGAGUUGAGAUUGCCAAGACACAACUUGCUUUGAUCGAAAAACAAGAACUUGCGCUCAAACAGUUCAAGGAUUACACUCAACAGCUUCAAGGAAAUGCUUCUCAGAUUGCAGAAAGUCAGAGAGAAAUUUCAGAGGCAAAAGCCAUGCUUGAGGAAGCAGAACGCUCUCUGUUGCUAAAUGUUGGAGGUGCUGAAGAAGGAAGUGGGGAAAUUGAUCGAGAUGAAGAGAGACGGGAGUCUGUUAAAGUAGCGUCUGUCUCUGCUCUUGUUGGCACUUUGUCUAGCCUCCCCAUAUGUUUCGUUCAGGCAACCGGUACAACUCAGUUGCUUCUCUCUUUGGCAAUCAAUUUCAUAUGUUGUGCAUUGUUUGGAGUCACUUUUCGAUAUGCUGUAAGGAGAAACUUGGAUGAUUUUCAGCUUAAGACUGGGGUUGCAGCAGCUUUUGGCGUUGUUAAAGGUCUUGCAAUCCUCAGUGCUGGACCAUUUCUUGAACUCAACUUCGAAAGCUUAUUAUCGUAUGCUUGGGAUGGAACAAUUUAUGUGUCUGAGAAUGUUAUCAUUUUCCUUUCUGCUGCUAUUAGUCUAGAUUAUUGUUUAAAGACAAGACUUUUGAGCCCUUUUCCAAUUGAUAGAACAGGUUAG